CCAGUCGUACAAAGCCUGCAGACUAAUAUCUGAGAUUGCGAGAGCAAGAGAAAAGGGGAAAGGACUCAACAAAGACCAUCUGUGUGCAGCUAUGCGACCCCGGUCCAGACUGCUGUCCAAGAGAAGACUCCUGCUGCCCACAAUCAGAGAGGGCACCGAGGAGACAGUGAGAGAUCUGAAUGAGGCCAACAUGCUUCACAUCCCCGCCCGCAGCCAGUCUGUGUCCUCAGAGGACUACCUCCUCUCCAUCUGCCACCUGGCCCACCCCACCUUCCCCACCAGAGAUGUUUCCCCUGACAACAUCCACACGCGGCAGUUGGAUGCUGUGCACCAUAGGCUGAGGCUGUCACGGCACAGUGGGACUACAUCAGCCGCCUUUGAAUUAAAUGCCACAGAGGAGGCACAAGCCAUCAAUGUACAGCAAGGAGAAGAGAAAGAAUUGAGUGGCAAGCUGAUGUUUGGAAACUCUGACCCGCUGGAGUAUCUUUAUGGACACCAGGACAACCUCUCAGGAGGUGUGAGGAAGGUGUUUGUCGAGGGAAGGUUUAUAAGGCAACAUAGGAGUGUAUGGGAGGGCCAGGGUCGGUCCAGAGCACACAGCAUCCCCCACGCUUCAAGUCUAGAUCUCCCACGCCAGCGCAAGAGCAGCUGCCCUGAGUUACACACCAGCACUGAUGCUUCAGCACCAAAUUUCUCUCCGAAACACAGCUUAUCCAGGUUGGAGGCCAGGAGAGGGAGCCCAGCUGUAAGAGGAGCAGAGGGGGAUGGACAGAGUCCAACCAUCAAACAAUCCCUCAUCUCCCAGUGGAUCUCUGACUGCAGGUCAGCAUGGAGGGAGGCACGCGUACGAGCCUGUAUGCUGCCUGCCAUCGCUGAGAUAUAGGGCCGCAAAUGGACAGACAUUCUGACACAAGACAUUCCUCAAUAAAGUAUCUUGGUCUUUUCUGUCAGUGCAUGAGACACUGACACUAGGAGAUAUUUAGAAGUGUAUUAUGCAGAUAUAUAACGGGGAUACAAUUAAAUACCCCGUUGAAAUCACACAGAGGCAAGUAAAUAUUGUCAUGAUUGUCCAUCUGUAAUGUUCUUUUAUUGUCCAUCUGUAAUGUUCUUUUACUGUCAUUAUUUGCUGUUGCAACCCUUCUACUCUAGAUGUAUGCUGGUGAUCAUACAAAAUCAUAAGAAAGGACAAAUCUGCAAAAUCCUUUUAUACG